GGGGGACUGCUGUUUAUUUGCAGCUGGGCCAACUCGGAGGCGCAGGCGGCGGCGCAGCGCGGGGCGCCGGCGGCAGGUUCAGUGGCAGCAUCAUGCCCGAGCCCACCUCCAGGCAGCCGCCGCGCGCCGCCGGGGCCCCGGCCGGGGAGGAUGCCAGACGCCCGGGAGAGGCCAGGACAGCGGUGGCGGCGCAAUGGUGGUGACAAGCUGUGCCCGAGGCGGCGGCGGCGGAGAGGACCGCGCGCCCUCCCGGCGGCGGGACUGCGGACUCGCGCCGGCCGGUGCCGCGGCGCUGCUGGCCGGGGCGAGCUGCCUGUGCUACGGCCGCUCCCUGCAGGGCGAGUUCGUGCACGACGACGUGUGGGCGAUCGUGAACAACCCCGACUUGCGGCCCGGCACCCCGCUCCGCUGGAGCAUCUUCGCCAACGACUUCUGGGGCAAGGGCAUGGCCGAGAACACCAGCCACAAGUCCUACCGGCCGCUCUGCGUCCUCACCUUCAAGCUAAACAUAUUUUUGACUGGCAUGAACCCAUUUUACUUUCAUGCAGUAAAUGUAAUUCUGCACUGCCUCGUGACCCUUGUGCUGAUGUACACGUGUGACAAAACUGUCUUCAAGAAUCGUGGACUUGCUUUUGUUACGGCGUUGCUGUUUGCUGUGCAUCCGAUUCAUACUGAGGCGGUGGCCGGAAUCGUCGGCAGAGCGGACGUGUUGGCGUGCCUGCUGUUUCUGUUGGCCUUUCUCUCCUACAAUAGGAGUGUGGACCAGUGCUGUGUUGGGGACUGUUUCCCGUCCACGGCUUCUCCCUUCUUCUUGCUGCUCGGUUUGUUCCUGGGGACCUGUGCCAUGCUGGUGAAAGAGACGGGCAUCACUGUGUUUGGAGUGUGCUUGGUUUAUGACCUCUUCUCCUUGUCCCACAAGCAGGAGAAAUCGAGCAAUGGGGUCAUCCAUCAGCGCAGCCCACAGCAGCCUGGGAGCCCCCAGCCCGCAUCGCUGCCAGCGCACCCUCUCCGGGAGAAUGGGAAGCAGCAGCGCUUUCCUCACAGAGGAGCUUGGAGCGGCUGCCACUCCCCAUUGCCACCAGAACCCAAGAGCAGUGGCUUCCCAGCAUCUCCUCGAGCUGUGUGGUCCAUGAUGAGGUACUGGGCUGGGCUUGUAGACUGUGUGAGUUUUCACCAUCCAGCAUCACCCAUGUAUCUGACAACAAGCAGUAAUAGAAAUUUCCUGCUUACCAUGAGGCCAUUCUUGAAGAGGGCCAUUCUGGUCAUAAGUUAUGUGGUUGUGGUUUUGUACUUCCGUCUGUGGAUAAUGGGAGGGUCUAUGCCCCUCUUUUCAGAGCAAGAUAAUCCAGCUUCAUUUUCGCCUUACAUUCUUACAAGAUUCCUUACGUAUUCCUACCUCUUGGCCUUCAACAUGUGGCUCCUGCUUGCACCUGUUACCCUGUGCUAUGAUUGGCAGGUUGGCAGUAUUCCUCUGGUAGAGACCAUAUGGGACAUGCGGAAUUUAGCCACCGUCCUCCUGGCAGUUGUGAUGGCCUUACUGAGCCUGCACUGUUUAGCUGCCUUCAAGAGACUGGAGCACAAGGAAGUUCUAGUGGGCUUGUUGUUCCUGGUUUUCCCGUUCGUUCCGGCCAGCAACCUCUUCUUCAGGGUGGGCUUCGUGGUGGCCGAGAGAGUCCUUUACAUGCCCAGCAUGGGCUACUGCAUCCUCGUUGUGCACGGACUGAACAAGCUCUGCUCCUGGCUGAACCGCUGUGGGGCCACCACACUGACGGUGUCCACUGUGCUGCUGCUGCUGCUGUUUUCUUGGAAAACUGUGAAGCAGAAUGAAAUCUGGCUGUCAAGGGAGUCCCUGUUCAGGUCUGGAGUUCAGACUCUGCCCCACAACGCCAAGGUGCACUACAACUAUGCCAAUUUCCUGAAGGACCAAGGUCGGAACAGGGAAGCCAUCUAUCACUACAGAACGGCCCUCAAGUUGUAUCCACGCCAUGCAAGUGCCCUGAACAACCUUGGAACACUGACGAGAAACACGGCAGAGGCGCAGAUGUACUAUCAGAGGGCUCUCCAGCUAAGCCCGCAGCACAGCCGCGCUCUGUUCAAUCUCGGGAAUCUCCUUAAGUCCCAGGAGAAAAAAGAAGAGGCUAUCACUUUACUGAAGGAUUCCAUUAAAUAUGGUCCAGAGUUUGCAGAUGCUUAUUCAAGCUUAGCUUCAUUACUGGCUGAGCAGGAGAGAUUUAAGGAGGCCGAGGAAACAUACCAGGCUGGGAUAAAGAACUGUCCGGAGAGCUCGGACUUGUACAACAACUAUGGAGUUUUCUUAGUCGACACUGGCUCUCCAGAGAAGGCAGUGGUCCAUUACCAGCAGGCCAUCAGACUUAGCCCGAGUCACCACGUGGCCAUGGUGAACCUGGGCAGACUCUACAGGUCUCUGGGAGACAACAGCAUGGCUGAAGAGUGGUACAAACGUGCCCUGAAGGUGGCACGCAACGCGGAGAUACUAUCACCUUUGGGAGCACUGUAUUACAACACUGGCCGCUACGAAGAGGCUUUGCAGGUUUACCGGGAAGCUGCGGCGCUUCAGCCUUCUCACAAGGAACUCCGCCUCGCCCUGGCUCAGGUGUUGGCCAUGAUGGGUCAGACCAAGGAAGCCGAGAAGAUGACCAACCACAUUGUGUCGGAGGAGACUGGAUGCCUCGAGUGCUAUCGCCUGUUGUCAGCGAUCUACAGCAAGCAGGAGAACCACGACAAGGCACUUGAUGCUAUAGACAAGGCUCUCCAGCUGAAACCAAAGGACCCUAAAGUCGUUUCUGAACUUUUUUUCACAAAAGGAAAUCAACUAAGAGAGCAGAACCUUCUGGACAAAGCUUUUGAGAGCUACAGAGCUGCCGUGGACCUGAACCCAGACCAAGCCCAGGCCUGGAUGAACAUGGGGGGCAUCCAGCACAUCAAGGGAAACUAUGUGUCCGCAAGAGGUUAUUAUGAGAGAGCCUUACAGCUGGUUCCAGACAGCAAACUGCUGCGGGAGAACCUCGCCAAACUGGAUCGCCUAGAAAAACGAUUACAAGAAGUUCGAGAAAAAGAUCAAACGUAGCAGCUUUUGGCCUGCUCUCCAGGGACACUUGCUGGUACCUCUGGAGGAGGAAGCAGUGACAGAGGCCUUGCUGUGACAUCAGCAAGGGGGACAGACACACAGUGAGGCUUCCCUCUUGCUCCCUGCCCAGGAUGCCGCAUUCGGAGACACUCACUGGUAGCCCUGUGCUGAGGGGCUGGCAUUCUCAUGAAAAAAAGAUAAAAAGAGCAAGCAAGGCAAGGAGGUCUGAGAGGGAAGGCAUACAACAACUAUACAUUUUACAGAUUUUUUUUUUGGCUUUAACUUCAGAUUUUCCUCCAGAUAUUUCUCUGUGGUUGCAACCCAAACAUCUGGUUCUUUUUCUAGUUUCAACUUUUAUGUCCCAGAAAUACAGAAGUUGGAAAUGCUAUGAAGCCAGAGCAUUGCUUCGUCAUGGAAUAUUUCAAAGAGGACAAAUCCUCUAAGAUAAGCCAUUUGGGAACUUCUAUCAAGAGGCAGCUCAUUUAAUUCUCCAGAACCAGAAAGGAGUAUCGAAUAAUUUCUGUAGAACCUUCUGGAAUUUGUGGAAAAAGGGGCUGUUGUUAAGUGAGCUGGAUCCGAUAUUCCCCUAAGCAUAUUGCUAGAGCCCUACUGAGCAGUAAUCGAAAUUCCACUCUGAUGCAAACUUUCCCAUUGCCUAACCCAUCAAACGGGAAGCUUCUGGAAUUGUGUGUGGAUAUUCUUACCCCUAGGGGAAUGUCAAGGAUCUUGGUACCCCUAAUUCUUUAUUGAAAACCCAAAAUUAUUUUAAUUUUAUUACAAAUACUACUAGAGUAGUGGUUCUGCUCUAUAAUUUCAAAAGUGCUUUUAAAAUCAUAAAUGUUUCCACCUCCACAUAUAUUGUUAUUUUGGUGGAGAAAAACAGUAUAUUCUACAUGAAAAUUAUUAAAGAUAUUAACUGAGAGAAAUGUUCUACUACAUUGUUACUUAACAUUUAGACAUCAUGAGAUUUAUUAUUUUUGACAAAUAUAUUGAACCAUUUCAGAAUCUUUACAAUAUAACACAGAAAUCUUCAUAGACUUUAAAUGGAAAGAGAGCUUUAUUGAUUUGUCUUCCUAGGCUUAAUGAGAAUUCUAUGCUUAGACCAUGAGUAGUGUAAACCCAAAAUUCAUUAUUAAUUAAUUAUUUUUUAUCAAAUUACUUAUUAAUUUUUAAUUUUGGAGAAUUCAUGGAAAAUGCUCAAAAAUCUAGAAAAAUCUAAAUUCAUAACUUAAAAUAUAUAUUUAUAUUUAAAAAUAAGGAAGGCAAAAUUGAACUUACGAAUUGACAGUUAUUUUUUAGUGUUAUUUAUUUUAUAACUUAUAAAAUAUUUAAUAUAUACACAGUUUUUUCAUUGUACAUAGUGGUUUUAAUAGUGGCUUUUUUAAACUUAUCAUACACAAAUUAUAAAUCUAAAUUACAAAGUAGUUAAGUUUUAACAGCACUUCAAAAACGUUGUAGUAAUUAUUCAAUUGCUAAAGUCAAAGAAAUUAGGGCUCAGCCUACAGUGCUUGGGUAGUAGUAUAUUUUGGUAUAUAUUUUGAAAUUGGAACACUUGAUUUUAUUUUGAAAAAUUAAAAAAUCAAAAAACUCUGGGCAGUGCUCUUCAUGGUCCUGAGCCAGGUUCCGUAGAGAUACAGUAGUUUGAAGGCACACAUAUUUCCCAUGUUUAGGCUAAGAUGUGGUUAAAAAAAAAAA